AUGAAGCCCACGCAGGUCUAUGUCAUUGCUGUUUCCGGAUAUUGGUUUGAGAACUACUUCGUGCUUCAUUACCUUCAUACAAUUUCUUCUGACAAAAAUGGUUUCUCUCCCUCCCCGGUUCAAGAGCUCCAGGCUCUUUGGGCUCUCUGGGACACGUUCUUCGAGACAAGUGCUGAAAACUCCAUUACCCACUUCGAGAUCAUCCUUGCCUUAAGCAACUUGAAGCCAAGUGUUUUAUUCUGGGCUGAGACUGAAGGAGCAAACGCUUCGCCAGUGUUCAAUGACUACGUCGAAACGGUAGUUCAGCCACUAUUCAAGAGUUUUGGCCUGGAACAGUACGGUUACAUUCUUCAGAUGAUCCCAAAUGAAGUUAUUGUCAACGGACGUGAGAACUGGGGUGGUGCUUGGGUCUUGGCCGAUACCAGAUCGGCGCAAUGGGACGUUGUCUGUUACGUUUACUUCAACGCCAAUGACACAGAGCAUCAAAUUCCGAUCACGGGAGAAGCACUUGGAUUGCCCGUUCUACCGGGCCUUUCGGGCUACGAAAUGCGCUUUACCAUCACCAACACGACAGCGACUCAAGAGCUGAGUGAAAUCGUGCAAGAGAAAGUCCAACCUGUAGUCGCGCUGGAUUACCGUGGCUCAGAAGACAAGAUGCAGACUGAGUGGUCUAAGAAGCAUUUUUUGCGCUGUGAGGCAGUAGCGGCACGACACAACAUGCGAUUGAAGUUUGAAUGUCACCCAUGGGGGUGA